CAAAGAUAAAAAUUAACAUUAUCCUUCACCCCAACACGCGCCCGACAAGUCGCCGCCGCCGCCGCCGCCCCCACCAGCUCCCACGCUUAUGCUGCCCUCAUGCAGUCAAGUGUAACGCCCUUCGGCUACAGCAGCGAGUCGUGCGGAUACUGCAAAGACGCUGCACAAGGCCGCAGGACCGCCAAUUCGCGCGCCAGCUACUACUUUUCCUCCAAAAGCUUGACCGUUGACGUCUACCAGCUGCUCGUCGACCGCGGCUGGAGAAGGUCCGGCUCCAUCUUCUACAAGCCCGACGUGCUGCGGCACUGCUGUCCGCACUACACGAUCCGCCUGCCGGUUGCUUCGUUCAAGCCCUCCAAGGACCAGCGCAAGGCAAUCAAUCGCUGGAACGACCAUGUGCUAGGCGAGUCGUACCUCAAAGAGGCGUCUAGACUGUACCCGCUGUCCAAGGAAGAGAAAGCUCGGCUAAAAAACACUUUUGAUCUGGCGCGCGAGGUCCACAAGGCAGAGCUGCACAACGUCAAGCGCCCGCCAGAGCCCGCCCAUCGCUUUGAAGUGACGCUCGAGCCCGCCAGCUUUACGCAUGAAAAAUAUGACCUCUUCAACAACUACCAGCAGACCGUGCACAAGGAAAAGCCCAGCGAAAUAUCCCAGUCGGGCUUCAAGCGCUUCCUGUGCGAGACUCCACUAAAGCGCACCUCGAGGACCGUAGAUGGCAAGGAGCAGCCCUUGGGCUCUUACCACCAAUGCUACCGACUGGACGGACGCCUGAUUGCCAUGGGCGUCCUUGACCUGCUGCCUCACUGCGUUAGCGGCGUUUACAUGCUGUACCAUUCCGACUUUGCAGAGUGGCAGUUUGGCAAGCUAAGUGCCCUACGCGAGGCUGCGCUUGCGCUCGAGGGCGGCUACCAGUAUUACUACAUGGGCUACUACAUUCACUCGUGCACAAAGAUGAAGUACAAGGGCGACUACAAGACGCAGCACGUCCUGGACCCAGAGUCUUACGAGUGGCACCCGCUGGAUGGCGAGCUGCGCAGUCUGCUGGACAAGAAAAAGUACGUGUCCAUGUCGAGGGAGCGACGCCGGCAGCUGGAAAAGGCAUCGGCACAGGACAAGACGGGCGACGCAGAAGCUGCAGAGCAAGACGACUACUCGGACUAUCCCCUACCCACAGCUGCCGCAGCCGGCGAGGCAGUCUCCAGCGGAAUGUCGCUCUUUGAGCUCAAGGUGCCAGGACUCAUGACGGCUGAGGAGAUUGAAGAGAAGCUUGACCUGGCCACGAUGCCGAUCCGGGUGGGCAGCAGGCUGGUAGAACUCCAGGAUCUGGUAUCAUGGGAAAGCAGCGAUCUGAGGAAUCCUCGGUCAAUCCAAGGUGUUGUUGGGGAAAUGGUUGCAGGCAUGGGCCCUGAAGCUGCUUGGCAGAUUGUGAUCCAGCUGGGAUGAGUGGCGUGCAUGCAGUGAGAUGAAUGAUGAGACGAAUUUACGAUGUGAUGCCAGCGAGAGGCGCUAGGUUGCGACGGAAGCUUGUGAUUGUUUCGUGUUUAGGCUAGUGCAACAUCGGAUAUGAACUUGUAGUCUUGUGCCA